GUCAUGAGUUGUGUCACGUGACUUGGUCUGUACUCGCUAACGUGCUUGUUCCAAAAUAUUCGGAAUACUAUCGUUGUGUACAACAUAUCAGAAAAGAAUCGUCUUAGUUGACACCGAUUUACGACCCCAACUGAAAGAUUACCUCAUUUGGAGUACAAGCCACAGAAAGGUGUUUCAUGGAACUAUGAAUUGCGGGUAAUAACCUGGACUACAAAUCGGCCACGAGUUCCACAGUAAAGCCUCUGUUGUGCACUGAAGGUGAAGUCUGUGGGACCUUAUCUUGCUGAAGGGAAUGGUGGGAGGGUGGCGGAGUCACUCUGAAUGCAGGCCAGGAAACUGUUGGUUACAAUUGUGUAACCCCACUCUGACAAUGAGAGCUGGUCAAGCACCAAUAGGAAAUGGAGGCUUGUGUGUCGUCUGCUUCUGUGUGGAGAUGAAUCACGAUUGUACAAAAUGUGAAAUCUAUAGAUAAGGAUUCUGCUUCAAGGUUAUAUGAGACAAGAUCUUCCCAAGGAUGGAUAACAAUAUAUGUAAAUGAGAUGCAGGAAGGGUUAUCCUUCUGAAUAGUUUCUUUUUUUAAAACAAGGAUUGUUUUGUGUUAUUUAUCAUGGAGGAAGAUCACUUGGCAAGUAUUGGCAAGCAUAAGUGUAAUUCUUCGCAUUAGUGCAAGAUUAUGGCUACAAAAAACCAGCCAUUUCAAAACAAGCCUGAUCUUGACACUGUCCGAGAGCGAGCCAUGCAGGCAGUGGAGUACUACCAGCAACAAGUGGCACCAACAUACUCGAGUAAAAGUGUCAGUCGGUCGGGGGGUUACUCCGGCAGCCAUUCUAACAUAGACCGUAAGGAUUAUCUUGAAGGAUAUGCACACUCCUCCACCGAGGAUGCCUUGAAUUCAGGGAUUGUACCUGCCUCGUCUAAUAACUUCUAUCGUGCUCAAAUGAAAGCAGGAAUUAUUGAUAUGCGUAGCUCGAUGAGCGAGCGGAUAGGAACUGGUAGAAGUCGAGCAAGGACGUUCCAUGGCCCUCAUGGUCACACGAACAGAACACGAACUCAAAAUUUUAGCAUAGAUAAAACCAAAACACCAUCUAAACCCUCAAUUCCCCCAAAACCUGUAGAGAAAUCCUCUUCCUCAUCUCGAAGGACUAGUCGUGGUUUGUACCGAAGCAAUAGUAACCUUGAGAUGGACACAGUGGAAGUUGUGGAAGAGGGCCUUCCGCCUGGAACAAUUCAUCGGGAGUAUGGUAGCACCUCCUCCCUAGAUCAGCUGGGUACUAGCACAGAGAACUUCUUUGCUAUGUUGAGGGGCUACCAGAAUGAGAACCCAGAUCAAAGAAGUCCUGCUCCGCCCCAGUUGCAGGAAGUGCUUCGUGGCAAGGCCGAUGCCAAAGGACGCUUUCUUAAUGGUGCUGCAAUGAUGGACAAGGAGUCAGAAGAAAUUAGUGAUAGUCCCAAAGGGAAAAACAAAUCAAAAUUCAAGGAUAGGAAAGCACGUGCUAAGUCAAUAACUGAUGGUAAUCCUGGCAUUCUGAAGAAAGUGUUCGGUGGUAAGCCGGAUGCUGAUGUCACAGGGAAAACAGACUGUAGCUUUCCCGAUGACGGUAGGGCGGAGGAACGGUAUAGAAGGAAAGCUCUGGCACACUUUGAUUGUCAGAGUGUUGGUGUGAAUUUGAGUGAUAUAAAGAACAAGAAUCAUUCAGGGAUUAUGAAAAACACUGCCACAGGUGCUUCUGCUGCCUCCUUCAACAGGAACAGUUACGCAGGAGACAAGGACGACCCAGACAUUAUUGCUGGGACCGAUGAAGGGGACGGCAAGAGCAAUGAGCUUGUGUUGUCGUGUCCUUUCUUCCGGAAUGAGAUCGGUGGUGAAGAGGAGAGGGUUGUGAGUCUGACGAAGCUGACUGCCCAGAAGCGUGUGCAGGGUGGCAGCAGCAGCAAUCAUGUUCAUAGUGCAAUGUCUUGGUAUCGACAUCCUGCGUGUUGUGGGGUGGCUGUGCUGGACUCUUCACCUGCCCCUUCUGGACAUGUGUUACCUCCCCUUAUCUCUCACAAAGGUCAUGUGAUUGAAUAUGUGGAUUAUGGAGCAUAUUACUAUCGGCACUUCUUCUUUGGCUAUGAUCAUCAGAACUUCUUUGGCAGUGAUGACAAUCUUGGGCCACUUGCAAUCAGUAUUCGCCGGGAGAAGGUUGACGCAGAGGAGCGGACAAACCAUCUUGGCAAACCAGACUAUGGGUUUUAUCAGUAUAGAAUCAUCUGCAGAACAAGUGAGCUGACAACAAUACGAGGAUCUGUGAUAGAGGAUGCCAUCCCCUCGUCGAGUCGGCUCAGCAGUUCGCGUGGUGUGCCCAUCAAGGAAGUCCUGGAGUUUUCCCUGCCGGAAGUGCAACUCUCCUCCCUCAAACAGGCCACACCAGGCCAGAAAACAGCUGAACAGCUGCUGAAGGUGGACGAACAAGGGAUCAGCAACACAUACAAGGUGGGGAUCAAGUACUGCAAGUCCGGGCAAGCCUCUGAGGAGGACAUGUACAAUAAUGAGCACAGCUCGCAAGCUUUCGAAGAAUUCCUCAAACUCAUCGGGAAGAAAGUCAAGUUAAAAGGUUUCGACAAGUACAGAGGAGGACUUGAUUGCAAAACUGACUCCACAGGAACCCACUCCUACUACACAACUUUUGAAAACUGCGAGAUCAUGUUUCAUGUCUCCACCAUGCUGCCCUUCACACCAAACAACAGGCAACAGCUGUUGCGCAAGCGGCAUAUUGGGAAUGACAUCGUGACAAUCGUGUUCCAAGAGCCAGGGGCCCUCCCCUUCACGCCCAAGACAGUGAGGUCGCAGUUCCAGCACGUGUUCAUCAUUGUCCAGGUGCUCAGCCCCAACACAGAGAACGUCCAGUACAGAGUUUCUGUCACAAGAUCCAAAGAUGUGCCACCGUUUGGUCCGCCCAUACCUGAAAAUGCUUCAUUUACAAAAUCUGCUGAAUUUGUUGAUUUUCUUCUUGCAAAAGUGAUAAAUGCUGAGAAUGCUGCACACAAAUCUGACAAGUUCCGAGCAAUGGCGUCACGCACACGCCAGGAGUACUUGAAGGAUCUCGCAGCCAACUACAGUUCAGCAAACUCCUUAGACUCAGGGUCCAAGCUGAGUAAGUUUGCGCUGGGCAGUGGACGCAAGAAGGAGAGAAGCAAGCAGAAAGUGGUUCCUGAUCUCUUUGCUAAGGGCGCCAUUGUCUGGAAUGUGCAGAUCGAGGACUACAGCAACGCGUCGCAGGUGGAGUGCCUGUUGGCCAUGGCGGCUGAUACUGUGGUUCUGAUGGAGGAGGGCAGCAAAUACAUCAUCUUCACCAUCCCCUGCGGCACUGUCAUCGGCUGGACGUUACAGGGCUCCAGUUUACGCCUGUACUUCAACCAAGGGGAGUUUGUUCUCCUUAGACCACUCAGUGGCGAGAGGGAGGAGAUGGAUGAAAUAAUCAGUCGUCUGUCGGCCAUUACACAGGGAUCAGAGACAUUGGAGAUCAACCUGCGUCGGAACGGCCUGGGUCAGCUCGGCUUCCACAUCCAGUCUGAGGGCAUUGUGACGGAGGUGGAGGAACAUGGGUUUGCCUGGUCCGGAGGCCUCAGGAAAGGCAGCCGAUUGGUUGAAAUAUGCAAAGUGGCGACAGCUACACUUACUCAUGAACAGAUCGUAGAUCUACUCCGAACAUCACAGCCUGUUAAGGUGGUUGUUGUGCCCCCUCUUGAAGAUGGAUCACCAAGAGGCUUCCUUACCCUCAACUCGCACUUCCAUUAUUCUUCCAUGGGGGCGCUGAAUGCCCUUAUUCUCUCUGAGCGUGUUCACACUCAGAAAGAGACUAAGUACAACAGCCAGAGAAGCUCCCUAACACUGCCGUUACAGAGAAAGUCUAGGGGAGGUGGCGACAUGAAGACCCCAUCCCCACGAAGUAUCCCAGUGUCACAACAUUCAUCAGAUUACGAACUAAACAAUCGUUACCCAACUCACGCAUACACGGAUUCCACGUUGUCGUCUGGUCGGGGUUCUGAUGAUGGCCGACUGUCCCACUACAGUCAACCUCAGCAGGAUGUUUACGAGACAUAUCGCACAAGGGGAGGCAACCCUGAUGGCCAUGUGAGCUCUGGUGACGAGUUACACUCGAGAAGUGGAUCACAUGAUAGCUCGGAUUAUUCUCUAUCGGGAAGUGGCAAUAAACAGUGGAAUCACCGCGGCAGCAUCCAGGGUCAAUCGGCCGCUCAGGUUGGAAGGAGAGGAGAGACUUCAUCGGGGAUGGAGGCAGUGUCCCAGAAUUCCUACCUUACGAGCACAGAGAGUAUCUACAGUCAGACGUCAGGCACCUCCAAUUACGGUACCCAACGCCGCAACUACCACCAGAUGGACUACUCCUACACCGGCCUGCCUCUCACUGGCAACAUUGCACUGGAGUUACUGAAACAGACGCAGAAUACCAAGUACCUCCUACGUCAGGGCAACGAACUAGCAUUGGCCAAUCAGCAACAGGAUCAGCUGCCGACCAACUCGGCAACAAACUUAAGUCAAAUCAGCGAGGGGUCGUCCUACUCGAGUGGAUCAUCACAGAUUCAUGCAGGUCACAAGAGUCAGAGUGACAACAGGCUCAACAAUCUCAAUAAGGAUGAGCCAAUAGUGCCAAAGCGGAAGGACUCCCUCCAAGCCCACAGUAAAGGCGGCAAGUUCUCCCAACACAAGAAGAACCAGUUGGACGUGUCCCCUCUCAGCAGCAACAACAGCAGCCCCCGCUCCUCCAACAAAAAUUUGUCGGGCAUGUCUUCCGAGGAGUCCCUGGCAACCCGGCUCCGCCCCGGCGUCAUGAACCACCUGCGGUCAGCCCGGACCACACCUAGUAACUUUCAGGAGGAGCUGAUGCGGCUCAUUGACCCGGACAUCUCGGAGAAGGAUCUUGCUACGUACACAUCCAAGGGUCCAAGUCAGCGCCGUACCAAGCGGAUCCAGCGAACGAUGUCUGAUGAGAGCCUUCACAGCACCAAGGGUACUAUCAGUGCUAGAGAUGUAAACCACAUUGGCAGUGACGUCAUCUUCACCACAGCAAUGCCAGCACAUGUGGCAACCACUCAGCAGGAUGAGCUCACCAAGGAACAGAGACUGUCGCCCAGAGCUCUGCUAACCUCAAAGUCUGCUUCCAUACGCCCACGAAGUCGAACUGCAGGAGAAGUACGAGGUCACAAGGUCCCCCUGCCUGAGUCAACAGCUGGACUUGACUGGUCGAAUCUGGUUGAUGUAGCUACCAAGGCCAUUGAAUGUGACUUGCCAGAUGGAAAUGGUAUGGACAUACAGAAUGAGCCACGAUCUCGGGCGUCCAGGGAAUUGUCAGAGGAUGUUCCUCCACCCCGUCCCCCAACCCCACAGGACAGUGCACUAGGGGCCACGUCAAGCAACAUGUCCAGCUGGCGGUCAGCUGGUCUGAGUCCACAGCAAGUGGUUGAGGAGCUCGAGAUGAAGGUAGUCCAGCUGCAGCAGGACCUGGAUAAGGAGAGACGAGAGAAGUCUGCUCUAGAGACCGAGGUCCAGCAGCUGAGAUCCGACAAUGUCCGUCUCCAGGAGGAGUCUCAGACAGCAGCGGCACAACUACGCCGCUUCACAGAGUGGUUCUUCAACACCAUCGACCGCCAAUGACUAGCACGUCAGUGUGACUGGAUCCAACUGGAGUUCCAGCAGCUCUGCAGGGAGUUGAAUCACCUACAGAAUGAAGACGACUGCUGAAAUUAUCUCCCCUAGAAAAGGGAGAUAACUGCUAAAAAGGAAGAGGAAGUUUUGUGCUUUCUGAUAAUGGCAUAAACUGCUUAAAGACACAAACAUUCUUAUGCUGGAGAGUUACUGCUGUGUGUAAUGGCUUUUGGAUUGCAACUGGACCAUUCUGGAAGUUUCAAACAUAAAAAGUACACAUUUUUUAAAGAGACAUUCCAACCAAAGAUAUAUGAUUUCUUCCGAAAUGACAGCGAAGAAAAGUAAAUUUGGGCUUAGUAUGUAACAACCACACAUAAAUCUUUCAUUAUCUGGUUUUGACAUUUCAUAUUUCAAACAGCUAAUGCAGAGAUUACAGCUUAAUUAACAGUUGUCUACAGGGUGUGUGGGACACAGUGGAAACAAGACAGACAUCGCUAGUUCUGUGCCAGUUACUGUGAUUUUUGUCACUGUUCCAGCUGCUGAGUUGUGCUGCCAUCGAAAUAAAUAUACAACUGAUUUCAGACUUUAUGACAGGUCACAAGAAAACUGACUUCAUUUUUCCUGAAUCCAGAUGUCCUUGUGCUACUUGCUACGAGUGUGUUGCUAGUGGAGUGUCAUUCAUUCUUUGCUGUUGGUGUAUCAGUACCAUCUUGUGUGUGUGUAAAUUCUGUCGUUGAUGUCUGGAUGGGAUAUUAUGUGACUGUUUGAUGGCCACUACAGCCAUUACGGAAACCAUGUGUCGCUGAAACUGAUGAAACCAUGCUGAAGUGAUAGUGGAACACCAAUCCAGAUGACAAACAGCAAAACCACAUUCAUUGAGACCCAGGGUUGUUGAACUGAAGGAAUAGUUCAACCAUUUCCACACCACUAGCACAUGGAAUCGCAUCCAUUGAAACACAGGGUGUUCAACUGAAGUAAUAGUUCAACCAUUUCCACACAACUAGCACAUGGAAUCGCAUCCAUUGAAACCCUGGGUUGUUCAACUGAAGUAAUAGUUCAACCAUUUCCACACCACUAGCACAUGGAAUCGCGUCCAUUGAAACCCUGGGUUGUUCAACUGAAGUAAUAGUUUAACCAUUUCCACACCACUAGCACAUGGAAUCGCAUCCAUUGAAACCCUGGGUUGUUGAACUGGUUGUUCAACCAUUUCCACACCACCAGAAUCUCAUCCACACAAACCAUGUGAUGCUGAAGUGAUAUCAGAAUCUGUAUCAAUGAACCAGCCAUUGCAGAUACCAUGUCUUACUGAAGUGGAAUUAGAAUUGAUAUCAAAGAACCUGUUGUCCCACAAACCAUGUGAUGCUGAAGUAACAGAAACACAUAUGUGCAAGCAACCAGCCAUUGCAGAAACCAUAUUUUCUCGGAAAAUGAAAAUGAAAGUCAUUGUGGCAUGUUCCCAGCAGCCAACAGAACUGAAAGUCAUUGUGCUCUUCCAGACUCCAGUCCGACAUCUUCUCCAGUCACACUGCCCUUCCCAGGGAGGAAGGGGAACUAUUUUGUGGGGAUUGUUACCCAGGCAUGAACCUAAGCACUACCCAUAAGGGGGAUAUACUACAUUCGUCCAAUGAGAUGAGUUUUACUUGGUGCAACAUUUUGUACAGGAUUUUUGACAGACGAGCUGCGAUGUUCAAACUGUGUAUAGUUGUCGGCUGUGCAGGUCAAGGCCAUGUUUAUAUUGCCUGUCUGCUGCCAUGGCACGUGUUACUUGUACAUUAACUCUUUAUAACCUCAUUGGAAUUGCCUCAUAAUAUACUUCCUCCAUAGACAUAUAUUCCUAGUUCGUAUUUCUUCAAUAUUAGAUUUAUGUACCAAUAUCAUUUAUAUUUUCCAUGUCUCUUGGCUUAUAUUUGUGAAGUGUUUUGACUAGAUAUUUUCAUCUAUUACAGUCCAAUACAUUUAUGUAUGACUAAAACAGGCUGAUACUUUCUUGAAAUCAUAAGAAAUAGGUUGUCUCCCCUUACUGUCCAAAUAAAACAGUCCAGUUGAUCUCAUGCAACCUUGACCUUGCAGUCUGGAUACUUAACCACUAGCUUGAGGAUCCAGUCAUGUAAGCUUUUUAUUGACUGGCGAACUCUGCUCUUCCCGAUAUGUGUAGGUCCAAUCUCUUCUGCUCAAAGACUGCCAGGAUUAUUAUCCUUUUAAAAUCCAAAAAUUCCUUAGGAACUUCCUGUCCAUAACUGUAACAUGUUGAUCAGAGGGAAAUAACUCCCUGCUUCUUGGAAAUGAUUAAAGGGAUUCCUUUUUCAUGUAAAUUAUGUAAAAUAGAUUAUCAUAGUUGCCGAACAGAGAGGGUAACAAGUUGCUAUAGAAACCUGAAAAUAGACAGUGUACUACUUCUGGUCAUGUUGUAAAAUGUUGUGUUAAACUGGUCUCAGAAUCUGUUUUCCAUCCAAGUGAAAUACUCUCUGUAUAGUCAGUGUAAAUAGUCUAACUUAUGCUUCCUUAUUCUUCUUUACAUAGUCUUAUGUCAAACAGGGAAUGGCUUCGUGGGAUGUAUUUGGGAUGUCUGUGCAUCACUGUAUGACUGUAAGUUAGUGGUGGGACGAUACACUGAUGCAUUGGUGGAUCGCGAUUCUUACUUCCCGAUACAAGUAUUUAUCACGGUCUCACGCUUAGUAAGAAAUUGAUUCUUACCAUAAAUGUUUGGGUUAAGAACUGUUACACCAAACACUAAAUAGUAGUGAAAAUUAGUAGUCAAAACAUAAAUAUUUUCAUCUUUUGUGCUAUACUUGACACUGCCAACUUUAAAUUGUCAGCGUGACAGGUAUUUGGCCAUCCUGUCUAUGAAAAAGAUGGCUUACUCAUCACAGAUAAGAGGACAUGCAAGUAUUGUGAUAGGUAUCGGUUCGUGAGCAAGGUAUCGUUAUACAUGUCGGACACACAGUUGGAGUAUCAUCCCAGGCCUAGUUUUAAGUAUUGUAAAGUUUAUUUCAGACCUGCUUAGAGGCCAAUCUGCUGCAUCAAGUCAGCAGCAAAUGUCAGUAGAAGAGGACAUUAUUGCAUUGAAUGCAAAGUUAAAAUACUCUGAAUUUAGAAGAAAGGAAUUUGUUUUUAAAUAUCAGUUGUAAACCAAAAAGAUAUUUUCCCAAUUUCCCUGAUUGUAUUAAGAGAUUGUGACAUUGUAUCAAUGUUAUAUUUUCUGACAGGAGUUUUCCAGCCACUGUUAGUAUAAUUCUCCCAAGAUGGUUAAAUUGCAUUGUAUCCCAUAGCAACCUUACUUGCGAGAUGUAUGUCAUACCAUCCCAUGUGUAUUGUAGCAGCUUUAGUGAUGCAGCUUGAGUUGUUUCAGGUCCAAGGAUGUGGGUUCCAAUCCUGUUUCUCACCAAUUAUGUUUCUAGGUUUGUCAGCACCAUACCCGUGCUCGUGGGUUUCACCAAAGUGGUAGACGUCUGCCUCACUCCAGGCUUUCCUCCUAUAUCAAGCUGACACACCAUGAUAUAACUGGAUAACUGUUCAAAGCAGUGCUAAAUCAAAUCCCUCACAAUUGCAAGGACUCCCUCUAUGUUUGAUAAACAUGGUUUUUCCAAAUGAAAACAGUCAUGACACACCAUUUGCAGAUGAUACAAUCUUAAGUACCAAGUCAAUUUACCUACACAACUACUUCAAACACUUCAUUAUUGAAGUUCUCUCCGUUUGGUUUUAACAACCAUUUGAGUAAUGUCCGUCCAAACAAGUUGUUGCUGUUAUUUUCCGCUGAAUAACAGGCACUUUGAACCACGUAUUAUCAUAUACAUUUCUCAUAUAUUAGGGAUGUCUGCUGGUAAGAACUGUUCUCUGCACUAAACAUUUAGACUAUGACCCCAAUCCGCAAAUGUAUCAAACAAAAUGUGAAAUAAUUCCCAUUUUAUAACAGGUCGCAUACUGCUUCUGGCAAAAGUUCAUGAAAGUAGUGUUGCAGCAUUCUUUGAACAGUGAUGUCAGUGCAACGUAACCUCAUUUUCGUGUUUGUUGGAAUGUUGCUGCACGUUAGAAAUCGAAGAAAUACAUAAAUCACACAUUUUAUAACUAUUUUGCUAAAGAAGCACAUUAACAUGUUUUCUAACAGGUGAACAUUUUUGUUGAUAUUAUUAAAACAUCAGUCAGAUACCAGUAAAUUGGCUUUUAUGCAGAACUGUAAAGUAUGAGUGAUUACCAUAUAGGCCCCUUUUAUACUAAAGUAUAUUGCAUUGUCAUUAAAGUGCAUCUCGCUCAAUAGAAUACACGCAAACCUUCACCUUUCAGUGGAUAAGUUAGAUUACGUCAUCUAGAUUUUAGAAUCGCCUGUCUUAGAAAAAGAUUAAUACUCUUAAUACAGACUAGCCGACAUCCGUAAGGAAAUAUAUGGUGACGAUAUACUUACUAUUAAUUAUGUAUCUAAUCAUAUUUUUUUUUAAGUCAAACUUAUUUACCGUACAUUGUAAGAUUUGUUUUCUGCAUGGUCAUGAAGUUGAAAGGCAAUUAUCAGUUUUCAAAUGUAUUCACCCAAGAAGACAUGCUAAACUUUCAUGUCUUUCCAUUGACUACACAUGUUGGUAUGACCGACUAUCAUCAUCAUUUUAUGGAUCUACGCAAUCAUGGUCAUCUCUCCCUAAGCUGCUGCCGUUUUGUGUGUUCUGAGUGAAAUGGAGACCUUCUCUUUGUUGUUUAGGUACAGUUUGAAAAUCACAAAUGGGCUUCAUAAAGCUAAAAUAACUCGUACUAUUAAUACAAAUUUACAGGUCCAUUCUGAUUACCCUUCUUUAAUCUUUAAUUUAACUUUGUUUCCUUCUUUAAAUAAUCCUGCAACCACAUCUGCGUUGUGAGAGAUGAAAGAAAGCUGUCAUUAAGAUGGGACUGCAUACAGGACUUGUGGGUAUAUGAAAAGAUAUACCAUUAUGAAGUGCUGUCCUUUGCUGAUGUAGAUGUUGAUACAGAUGCUGUCAAAGAUUUUGGAUUCCUAACACUAGAGCAGAAACCCUCAAGGAAAUCCUUUGAUUUAAAAAAAUGUGUGUUGUGUUUCAUAUACAACCACUAUAAUCUUCAUGUUGGUUGGUAUUGAUUGUGUACAGUGAUACCUUUGUGGUGUGGUAGAGCCCUGAUCAGCAAGCACCUGCCAGGAUAACUUUAACACGUGGUAGCUUUAACAUCUGGAGCAGUGUUCGAAAUAUACACAGGCAGGUAGAUCCCAUGUCGGGCCGUCGUUUCAAAGUUGUAGGAGUCCUUAUGGCCUGCAGUAAAUUUACAGGUCAAUUUAUUUGUCACAGUAGGCUGCAGUUUUUUUAAAUGAGGGCCUGAAGAGUUUAGACGGGGCCUGCACCUUCUGAAGUCUGUGGGUCCCAAUGACAACCACACAGUUAUUAUUUUAUUUCAAACACUGAUCUGGAGUGUUGUCAACAGUGAGAUAUCUUGAUUGUCUGUCCGCAUUCUUGUGUCUAAAAACACAAUCUCAUUAAUAUCAGAUCUUAGUUCUCGCUACUGCUAAACAAAGAUCUGAGGACAUCCCAUUACAGGUCACGUCAGACCGACCUUGCGCGAACUUUGACUGACCAAUGGAAUGACCAAUCAGAAGGCAGCUUUCUCGUGCUUUACGGCACUAAUUUCAAAUUGGUGACUACGGUUCAAAACAUAUUUUGGCGAAUUCUCGAUUACCAAAUUUGAAACCUGAACAAAAGAACAUUCUGGAAUGGCUAAUAGAUGGUCUAGAUUGUAUUGAUACAGUCGUUAAACCCGUAACUAUCGUUCGGAGUUAAAGUUUUCGAGGCUGCAUGAUCAGAGAUCACAUUCCGACUGUCACUUUCAUAAUCUGGUAGGCGAUGCUCUGAUUGGUCGGAAGAAAGGUCGUUCUGACGUGACCCGUAAUGGGAUGUCCUCAGAUCUUUGUUUAGCGGUAGCGAGAACUAAAAUCUGAUUUUAAUGAGAUUGCUAAAAACACUGCCAGCAGUAAAAAGGUGUAGCACAUUUCUAACUUUGUACCACAAACAAAUCAGCAUGUUAGACAAACCAACCACUGCGUUCGUGCUGCAUUUGAUAAAUUGUUACUUGUAACAACCACAUGUUACUCCAUUCACCAUGUUCACGUUCAGUUAAACUACUGUGUUUUCAUAAGCAAUAUUCAGUAUUUAUGUCAAGCUGAGGAAUGCGAAGCUGAACAUAUAAAUCAAUUUUUGACCUGUGAAAAAAACCGGUUGUGAAAAUUGUUAUUUUAUGUACAGCUAUGAAUUCCUGUUCAUAGACAGGAUGCAGAAAUGUGAUGCUGUUACCAAGGCAACUGGGAAUGUGAUAGAUUCAUCUAUGCAAUAACUCCCAUGAAUACUAUACCUGACACUGUGUCCAGUACAUCAAGGAAAGAGGGUUUGGUAUUUUAUAACCUUGAACAUAGGUUAUGUUCUGUCAGUCUCGGACGAAAGUAUGAUUAUGUUUGUCACAUCUUUGUACAUUCUGUAAUUGUGUUAUAUGUAAAGCUUGUAUUAAUAUGGCAGCCAGGGAUUAACUUUCCUUUGUCAAUGGAUAAUUGUAAAAUUUUGGGGAAGUUUAAUUCAGGAAAGGCACCAUAUAAAAGAUUAGAAUGCAGAUUAUAUUUUGAAAAGUGGCAUUGGGUAAAGUUAUUAAAUGUAUUAGUUUAAUAAAGGAUGUAUCUCUUGUCCUUUAGUCUAUUUAAGUGUUCCUGUGACUCUGAUGGUUGUGAACGCAGUGCUGUGCCAUGUGUUAUAUGCCAGGUUGUGCCGUUGACUUUUAAUUAACUGUUAAACAGAUUAUAACAUUGUUGACAGUUGUGUUAAGUUAACCCUUUGUUACUGAGAUUAUGUCUGGUUUAGCAGACAUUUUUCAGGUUAUUUUAACUAUUUUGUUGCAUUAGUCGGGCACAGAUUUCUGUAGGUUAAAGGGUUAACAUAUAGAAGAGAAUUUAUAUAUUUUCUAGACAACAGAUUCUGUUGAUAUCCAUCACUACAGAGCAGUAUUUUGUUUGUAUUUUUGUGUGUUUACUCUCAUCGUUAUACUCACAAUUCAUGAUUCCAAGCAUAACUUUCUGCUGGUGGUGAAGAGAUUUGUACAUUAAAACCAGAGGAAAAUCAAAGUGUGAGAGGCAAUGUAAAUUGAUAUUUAAGAAAUAAACCUUUUACAAACUA